AUCUAUUGUUAAUGCAGAAAUUAGAUAAUAGUCUGAAUUGUUUGAAAGCUAAGUUGUUUGAAGGAUGUAUCCAUGGCUACCACAAAACAUUAUUUAUGUAUGAUUUGGAAAAUUGUACCAUAGAAUCCCCGUGAAGAAAGUCAUUAAGUAUUAAUAUUAAUUUUGUUUGACACGGGGAAGUUCCAUCAUUUAAAAAACGUACGUAGCACAGUUCGGAUAAGACAGAAGUAAAAGAAGGAUACGUGAAAAAAACUGUAGCCUCGAACAUACAACAAAGUUGCUCCAACGAUGAACAAGAACUGUUCGACUUUAAUCAUUCUGGUCAUGGCGUACUUGCAGGCUUUUUUGGACUUUUCAUUCGGACGGACAUUUUAUAGAUCCGAAAACAGAAUGUUACUGAAUGUCACGCACGUGAUACCAAAGUUGUCAAUCGAAGAAUGCGCCAUUUACUGCGAGUCAACCAGUGGCUGUGUUCAGUUCAAUUUUCGGAAGAGUAAUGGCGACGAUACGUGUCAAUUAUUAUCAACAAGUGGCACCCUUAUAAAGAACCAAUAUGAUUAUGACCUUUGGCGACCCGAGAAACCACUUGGAUUGAUCUAUACGGGAUGUAGGGGGCAAUUCAGCUAUUCAAAAUUGAGGGAUAAUACACCUUAUGACAACCUAACACUGCAGGGAUGUGUUGACGAUUGCAGACAAAAAGGAAAGAAGUUUGCAGGAGCCUACGGAGGUUUUCGAUGUCUAUGCGGAGAUCUACUCUAUUAUGCAACGAGUAAUUGCACAAUACCAUGUAAAGGGAACGCUGCAGAGAUAUGCGGCGGCGAAGAUGGUCAGCACUUGUCCACAUAUGUUGUAAACUGGUAACAUAUCAACACUGGACGGAAAACUAUUUAUUUAAUCAUUUUAUGGAAUAAAAAACCUUGCAUUGCAUUUCAUUACUUGGACUGCAUAAUGAACCAAUUGAUAUGCGAGGGCAAACAAUUAAUGUAGCAGAAAUGCACUGUUCCUGUUUCAUUUAUAUUCUAAUUACGUCAACGAUAUUACGGCUAGGCUAGAUUUAAUUUGUCUACUAUUUUAGUGUAGUCAAAUACAAAAAGUUCAUAGUUUAUAAAUCAUUGCAUACAGAUUUGAAUUAUAAGGUGAAUUAAAUUAAUCAGCAGUCUGUAAUGCUAAAAGGUGAA